AUGUUCAUCGUUGGUCUCACGGGAGGUAUUGCUUCCGGGAAGUCAACCGUCUCUAAGAUGUUGACUGAGAUGGGGGUCGAUGUGAUUGACGCGGAUGUAGUGGCCAGAGAUGUGGUGAGACCGGGGAUGAAGGCAUUGAAACUGAUUCGCAAACACUUCGGCGCGGAUGUGAUCCUCGAGAGCGGGGAAAUGGACCGCAAAAGAGUGGGUGAAAUCAUAUUCAAUGACCACUCGAAGAGACAGCUCUUGAAUAAUCUUCCACUUCUGUACGAAAGCGGAAAAAUGAAGCGAUAUAUCAGUCAAACGAUUGUCGUUAAGUGCAGUCGUGAGCAACAGAUCCAGAGAUUAAAAGAACGAAACAAUUUCACUGAAGAGGAAUGUGUGGCACGAAUCGACGCUCAAAUGUCUUUGGAUGAGAAGUGUCGGAUGUCUGACUUUGUGAUCGACAACAGCCAAGACAUCACUCACACCAAAGAACAAGUGGAUUCUCAACACGUUGCCAACUCCAGAAGUAUGUCUGUAACCUAA